CCAAUGGUAUCCACCUAAAAAGAAAUUAAACUGUUGGAGUUUAUGAGCUGACCUAGGUUACUUUCCUUCAUCCUCAUUAUUCGAUCAUGAAGAUUGUCUCGUUCAUUACAUCUAUGCAUAGUCUGAGUUGGCUGCCACUCAAUUCAUAUAUUGUAUAUUAUUUUUCUUUCUUCGAAUUUUCAUUUUCAUUUUCAUUUUUAUUUUUGGGAAGACGGGCUGACUAGGAUUGGGAACUAAGAUUUACUUUCUCAAAACCCCAGAAAAGGAAAAUUGAACAUAUGUUUCUUAGAUUUACUUUCUCAAUUCAGCUUGUUGGGAUCUAGAUGUAUUGAUUGGGCUGGUGAUGACCUGAUGGGUACAACAUCAUCUAACCAUGUUCUUUAAAAUUUAGAGUUCAAUACUUUUAAUUUCAUCCCCUUUUCCUUUUUCAUCUAUAUGCAUUUUUUUAAAAUCAUUCGUGACGUAAUUUGCGGAGAAGGACGUUAAUCGAUCUAAAAGAUGAUUCCUAGCUUCAUCUUCUGAUUGAGAGUAUCAAACUUGAAAACAACUUUUUUCUUUAUGAUUCCUUGAUUUAAAUGAAUGAUGCGCUCAACUUUAGGACAUGCCAAAGUGAACUACUUUAAUGUGUUUUGAUCACUAGCAUGAAUUGAUAAUAGUUUUCUCUUUUCAUCGCGUGAACCGAGUUAUCAAACAUCAAAGGUUCGAAUUGUCUGAAUGAUAUGAACAGGGUAUCAAAAGUAGACCUCUUUCAAGUUGCUCAGAAGUUUCUUUCUCCAUAAUUAUGCAUAAAGUUAUUCAUAUCUGAUAUUCAUAUCUGAUAUUCAUACAUGCGUUGUUACACAAUAAUGUUUUCACCCCAUCAACUAUUUUAUCACACCAUUCUCUUCAUUGCAACACAAACAUUAUAUAAAUAAAAUUUCUGUUAGACUCUUGGAGAUAUGCCUUUUUUCUACAAAAUCAUUCAGGUGUCCUUAUUCAAUAAUUUUAGCCUAUGUAAUAAAUGGCUUAUGACAUAGUACGGGAGCUUCUAUGACAUAUAUAUACAGAGAGUUUAAUAUUCUUUUAUUAUUUGUUAUAUUUUAAAAUAUAAAUUAAGUUUCAGUGAUGACACCCCACCACAUUCUCUUUUUCAAAAACCAGAAAUAAAAAAAUAAAGGUACACUCAGCAUGCACAUUGUAUCAAUUUAUUCUUGCCCAUGAUUGGUAUCUAUAAUAUGGUCUAAGAUUAUAUCCUUUCAUCCAAAUCUGAUUCAUCAGCUUCCCUGGUGGACUCGGUUUGUUAAUAAACAAAAAAAAAACAAAGGAAAAGCUAAAGGCAGUGGUGCUACUAGGCUCAAAAACCGACAGAACACAAAUAAAAGAAAAUUUAACUGGGUUAUGAAACGGUCCAUGGUUAAACAUUUCUAUCCAAACACUGCUUUUGCUUUUGCUUUUUAAAAGCUAAAGAUGACACCAAAGUAGUGUGUAUGUGUGUGUGUUUGUGUGGGAGAAAAGAAGAGAGGGAAAAGAGAAGAGGACAUAGGAUGCUGCAACACUGUUACCUCUGAGCUCCUUAACAUUACAUACACUCACACAACACUCUCUCUCUAUCUCACUAUCGCCUACUUCAUAUUCAUAUUCACUUAUUCCGUAGAAUAACUCUAUGAUAUUCCAUCUGCACAACCUUAACCUCUAAGCUAGUUAUCCCACAAAUGGGAACUCCAACUCCAACUCCAACAACAACAACAACUCUUAGCCUUGUACUUAUUCUCCUCCUUUUGUGCUUAGUAUGGCCUUGUUCUUCUGCUUCUUCUCUUCCCAUGUCUCUUAGAAGGCAAGCCUCUAUCUUGGUUUCCCUUAAGCAAGAUUUUGAGGCCAACACUGAAUCCUUGAGCACAUGGGACAUGUCUAACUACAUGUCCGUUUGCACUUGGAAGGGCAUUGAGUGUGACCAAAAGAACAGGUCAGUGGUGUCAUUGGACAUAUCCAACCUCAACCUUUCUGGCACACUUUCACCAGCCAUCACAGGACUCAGGAGCCUUGUGAGUCUUUCACUUGAAGGGAAUGGCUUCUCGGGAGGGUUUCCUAGUGAUGUUCACAGGCUAGAAGGGUUGAGAUUCCUCAACAUAUCUGUCAACAUGUUCAGUGGGGGCAUGAGUUGGGAAUUCUCUCAUUUGAGAGAGCUUGAGGUGCUUGAUGCUUAUGACAAUGAGUUCAAUUGCUCACUCCCUCUUGGUGUGAUUGAGCUACCUAAGCUUAAUUCCUUGAAUUUUGGCGGGAAUUAUUUUUAUGGUGAAAUCCCUCCAAGUUAUGGAGACAUGGUGCAGCUCAACUUUCUGUCUCUUGCAGGGAAUGAUUUGAGGGGGGUCAUACCAGCUGAGCUUGGAAACCUCACUAACCUGACACAGCUUUUCUUGGGAUACUAUAAUCAGUUUGAUGGUGGAAUCCCUCCUCAGUUUGGUAAGUUGGUUAAUUUGGUUCAUCUUGACCUUGCAAACUGUGGCUUGACAGGUACAAUUCCACCUGAGUUGGGAAACCUCAAGAAAUUGGACACUCUCUUUUUGCAAACUAACCAGCUCAGUGGCUCAAUCCCUCCCCAAAUUGGCAACAUGAGUGGCCUCAAGUGUCUUGAUCUAUCAAACAAUGAGCUAACAGGAGACAUUCCAAAUGAGUUCUCAGGCCUUCAUGAGCUCACCCUCUUAAACCUGUUCAUCAACAGGUUGCAUGGUGAAAUUCCACCUUUCAUUGCUGAGCUACCGAAGUUGGAAGUGUUGAAGCUUUGGCAGAACAACUUCACAGGUACAAUUCCUUCUAAGCUUGGCCAGAAUGGUAAGUUGGCUGAGCUUGACCUGUCAACAAACAAGCUCACUGGAUUAGUGCCUAAAUCUCUAUGCCUUGGAAGGAGACUGAGGAUUUUGAUCCUUCUCAACAAUUUUCUCUUUGGAUCUUUACCUGCUGAUCUUGGCCAAUGCUACUCCCUCCAAAGAGUUCGUUUGGGGCAGAACUACUUGACAGGACCAAUACCAAAUGGUUUCCUCUACUUGCCUGAACUGUCCCUUUUGGAAUUACAGAACAAUUACCUCAGUGGUUGGCUUCCACAAGAAACAAGCACUACACCCUCCAAACUUGGACAGUUGAAUCUAUCAAACAACCGCUUAUCAGGGUCUCUACCAGCCUCCAUUGGAAACUUCCCCAACAUGCAAAUUCUGCUGCUUCAUGGAAACAGAAUCUCAGGAGAAAUCCCUCCAGAUAUAGGGAGGUUGAAAAAUAUACUCAAAUUGGAUAUGAGUGUCAACAACUUUUCAGGCAGCAUUCCUCCUGAGAUAGGUAACUGUUUGUUGCUCACGUAUUUAGAUUUGAGCCAAAACCAACUAUCAGGCCCUAUUCCGGUUCAGGUUUCCCAAAUUCACAUUCUAAACUAUCUCAAUGUCUCAUGGAACCACCUAAACCAAAGUCUCCCCAAGGAACUUGGGGCCAUCAAGGGCUUGACUUCAGCAGAUUUUUCUCACAAUGACUUCUCUGGCUCAAUACCAGAGGAGGGGCAAUUCUCAGUGUUUAACUAUACAUCCUUCAUGGGAAAUCCUCAGCUCUGUGGAUAUGAGUUGAAUCCAUGUAACCAUUCUUCAAAUGCAGUGUUGGAGUCUCAAGACAGUGGCAGUGCAAAACCUGGAGUUCCAGGUAAGUACAAGCUUCUCUUUGCAGUGGCACUUUUGGCUUGUUCAUUGGCAUUUGCAACCUUGGCCUUUAUCAAGAGCAGAAAGCAAAGGAGGCACUCCAAUUCAUGGAAGCUCACAGCAUUUCAGAAUCUGGAGUAUGGAAGUGAAGACAUCAUAGGGUGCAUAAAGGAAAGCAAUGUCAUAGGAAGGGGAGGGGCUGGUGUUGUAUACCAUGGAACCAUGCCUAAUGGAGAGCAAGUAGCUGUGAAGAAGCUUUUGGGAAUCAACAAAGGGUGUUCUCAUGAUAAUGGCCUCUCUGCAGAAAUAAGGACGCUGGGAAGGAUCAGGCACAGGUACAUUGUGAGGUUGCUGGCAUUUUGCUCAAAUAGAGAGACCAAUUUACUUGUUUAUGAGUACAUGACAAAUGGAAGCUUGGGAGAGGUUUUGCAUGGGAAAAGGGGAGAGUUUCUCAAGUGGGAUACUAGGCUGAAAAUAGCAAUAGAAGCUGCAAAAGGGCUUUGCUAUCUGCAUCAUGAUUGCUCCCCUCUCAUAAUCCACAGAGAUGUUAAGUCAAACAACAUAUUGUUGAACUCUGAAUUUGAGGCUCAUGUUGCUGAUUUUGGACUUGCCAAGUUCUUGCAAGAUACUGGGACAUCAGAGUGUAUGUCUUCCAUUGCUGGUUCUUAUGGUUACAUAGCUCCAGAAUAUGCAUACACAUUAAAAGUUGAUGAGAAAAGUGAUGUGUAUAGCUUUGGAGUGGUGCUGCUAGAACUAUUGACUGGAAGAAGACCAGUAGGGAAUUUUGGUGAAGAGGGACUAGACAUAGUUCAAUGGACCAAGUUGCAAACAAAUUGGAGCAAAGACAGAGUGGUUAAGAUUCUUGAUGAGAGGCUAUGUCACAUUCCCUUAGAUGAAGCAAAGCAGGUAUACUUUGUGGCCAUGCUGUGUGUUCAGGAACAAAGCGUGGAAAGACCAACCAUGAGGGAAGUGGUGGAAAUGCUUGCACAAGCAAAGCAACCAAACGCAUUUCAAAAGCAGUGAUCUACUACCAAAGAACCAAAGGAAAAGUUAAAGAACAAAUAAAGAAAAAAAGCUGAGUCUACACAUGUGCCUUGCAUGUGUUGAUGUUGUCGGUUGGUAAAGAUGUCAAUUUUCCUAACUAGUUUGUCAUUUGAGUUUUAAAGGGGGUUUUGUUUUUGUUGUUUUUUUUUCUUUUCCCUUUGUUAAUUAACACUUAGAUGUGGGAACAAGUGACAUGCAUAUGUUGUAGGCAUAGUGGGGAAUUUACUAUAGUUGGAGAAUGAUGGUAAAGGUGAAAGGAAUUAAUGUUGAUAGUACCUGAGAAGUCUUUGUACAAUACAUGGGGAUUGGAGUUAGAUUCCUUGGCUUUCGUUUACUACUUGCUUGUAAUAUUUCAGGAAUUAUUUGAUAUUUAUCACCUACAUAAUCAAAUCUAUAACAUGUCAGAUCAGAGUACAA